GAGUGAGCAAGAGAGGAGGUAGGGGGGAAGGGAAACCCAAGGCUUGAUGAAACCGUGACCGGGGUGGAGGGCUGAACGGCCUUUUAUUGAAGCCUGUUCCGUGGCCAAGGACACUCUGCAGGCCUUGAGUGAACCCGAGGACAUCUAGGUCCCUCCUACCAUUUGCCUGUACAAGCUCAUGAGAAGACUCUUGGGAACUAGAGGCGAUGGAGCAGGCGAAUAUUUUACGGCAAGAAGGUGAUUCCAAAGGAGGUGUUUUGGCCCACUUGGAAAGACUCGAGACUCUAGAGAGUCAAAGGAACAGGUCCCAUAAAAGGUCUGCAAAGCUACAGGAAGCACAGGCAGUGGAAAGUGCUCUUCUGACCGAGAUUCAUGAACUGAGACGUCUGCGGGAUAAGCUGAGGGCUGAAGUGAAGGAACAGCAAGCCAGAAUUAAAGCUUCUAGUGCCAAAGUAGACCCCAACCGAACAGUAGAGAUCAGUGAGCAAGAAGUUUUGGAAAGAAGACGAGAACAUGUGAAAGCCAUUCUGCAAGCAUAUCCUUUCACUGGGCUCAGUGGUAAACGAACCAGUCGAGGAGUCUGUGUCUGUAUCAGCACUGCUUUUGAAGGGAACCUGUUGGAUUCCUAUUUUGUGGACCUUGUCAUGCAGAAGCCACUCCGGAUUCAUCACCAUUCGGUCCCUGUCUUCAUUCCUUUAGAAGAGAUAGCUGCAAAAUACUUACAGACUGAUAUUCAGCACUUCCUGUUCAGUCUCAGCGAGUACCUGAAUGCUUACUCUGGGAGGAAGUACCAGGCAGACCGACUUCAGAGUGACUUUGCAACCUUUCUGACUGGGCCCUUGCAGAGAAACUCACUGUGCAACUUGCUGUCGUUUAUUUACAAAGUGGAUCCAGAAGAUCAGUCUUUCUUGUUUUGUGCUAGAUUACUGUACAAGGACCUUACAGUAACUCUUCCAACUGACGUCAGCAUUACAUAUGAAGGGAUGGAAGCCUUAUCCACUUCAUGGGAAGAACAGCGAGCAUCUCAUGAGACUCUGUUCUGCACGAAACCUCUACAUCAUGUGUUUGCUUCAUUUGCAAGAAAAGGAGAAAAGUUAGAUAUGAGCCUGGUGGCCUAAAAUACAGUUUUCAGUGGCAGUGCAUCAGAA